GCGCAGAAUCAAUAAAUGGAUGGCGUACAAAGAUCACCAAAUAAGGUGAUGUAUGACUUCACAAAAAAUGUGCAAAACUUCCGGAUUGUAAGUGUCAUUAUAAAAAUGUCAACCAGCGAGUACCACGUGGAAGAUCUCAUUGUGUCUCAAGAUCAAGGUUUAAAUUUGGGUAUAUAUUGGCUGACAAUUCACACACAAUUACAUGCACGUAGCAUUCAAUCGCUAACAAUGUUCUGCAAACUGUUCGCUCUUUUCGCCUUUGUAGCCAUGGCACUGGCUGCCCCUAAGCCCGCUCCUGCGCCCGCACCCGCGCCCGCGCCUGCUCCUCAAUUGCUCGCUUAUUCGGCUGGACUCGACUACGCAUACCCUCUUGUAUCUUCCUAUGCUGCACCACUCGCUUAUUCAGCUUAUCCGGCUGGAGCAGUAUACUUUCGUUGAAAUGAUAUCUAACGAAAGAAAAUGACCGUAUACCAAUUUAUUCCAAAUUACAUUAAAUAAAACUCUUUAUGAAAUAAAAUUUUAUUUUUACACUCAAAAACUACAAAAAAAGUCUUUUUUAUCUUGAUGUAAAUCUUUGUUCAAAAUAAUUUAUAACAAUGUAAUCUUUGUUCUCAAUAAAGUAUACUACUCGGAAAGAA